CGUUGUCUGUCUCUCGCGUCGUCCUCAUCUGCACCUCGGCUUUUUGGUCGCUUUUAAGACCGACCUCCAUUAAUUCCUCUCCCUCCUCCUCCUCACAGCAAAACUGCAAGAUUGAAUUACCUGCGUCUCUCUCUGCCACCGGUCGCUCUGACACGCUCCAACUACCUCCAUUAUUAUAGCUUCUUGCCCUCCUUCCGCCUCGCAUUCAAUGAAGAUCGAUCGUACGGUGUUCAGUCCAUUACGAGCUCCGGCAACGAUCUGAUUCCUCCUCCCGAGGCUCCGUCUCUUCUCUCUCCCGGCAGUUAUUAGCCAUUUUUCUCUCUUCCAUAAUAGCUCGCCUCUUCUUUUCCUCUUCCUCGUUGGUAUUUUUGUUGCCGAGUUUCAAGUUGGUGUUUGUCCUAGAGACAUUCCUCCGAGCAAUUAUUACGAACCAGUAGCGUUUCAGCCAUUUCCUCCAACUAUAUGUUCGCAUUCCCUUGAUUUUAUUCUCUGUUUGGUGGACUCCGUUUGGGAAUUCCUGGGAAAAACGCGGCCCGCGUGUUCCGCCGGAAAAGUUUUUUCCGGCAUUUCGCGGCAUUUUCCCGGAAUCCUCCCUAUUUUUCCCUCCCGCACAUUGUCCAGAAUUCUCCCUGGAUUCUAAGAUACGAGGGGGAUUUGGAGUUGUUGUUGUCCUCUCUCGAGAAUGUUUAACCUUCACUGUUCGAUUUGAUUCUGCCUUUCUUCAGUUAUAGAACCUGAUCUACUUCAUCUCCACCGACUUCAACUUCGUCGUCUUCUUCUUCUUUUUCUUCACUAUGAAAGUGAGCCUCUCAAGGGACUAGAGCUCCACAUUUCUCCCGAAUGGCCAAUGUUUCCUGCUUCCUGUUGCUUUUUCUUUCAGGAAUCGUGCUGAUUCCGACCACGCACCAGUUGCAGACGUAUCAAUCGCAGGUCCUGCUCCAACUAAGGAAACACCUGGAGUACCCAACAUUCUUGGACAUUUGGGUAAAUUACACUGGAGAUGUCUGCAAUGCCCCUCCCUCUCCCCAGUUGAGCAUCACGUGCCAAGACACCUUCAUCACCGAGCUCAGAAUCAUGGGAGACAAGCGCGUCAAGGUCCGUGACUUCGAUGGCCAUGCGAUUCCCAACCAGACUCUGUCGGAGACCUUCUCGGUCGAUUCCUUUGUGACCACUCUGACGAGACUGACCACCUUGAGAGUGCUCAGCCUGGUCUCCCUGGGCAUUUGGGGACCACUUCCUGAAAAAAUCCACCGGCUGUCUUCGCUGCAGCUCUUGGAUUUGAGCUCAAAUUUCUUGUUCGGCCCAAUCCCGAGUCAGAUAUCGAGGCUGGCGAGACUCCAAAUUCUGACUCUGGAUGGGAAUUACUUCAAUGGCGGUGUUCCUGAUGGUUUGGACUCCAUGUCCGAUUUGACCGUCUUGACUCUCAAGAACAACCAGCUCAGCGGUCGGUUUCCAUCUUCCAUUUCGCGAAUAAAGACACUCAGUACUGUGGCCCUGUCUAAAAAUGAGAUGUCCGGUAAAUUGCCUGAUUUGGGUGCCUUGAGCAGCCUUCACCUGCUGGACUUGAUCGACAAUCAUUUCGAUUCCGACCUGCCUAAUUUGCCUAAAGGGUUGGUCACUGUGCUUCUGAGUAGGAAUUCUUUCUCUGGCGAUAUUCCUGAGCAAUAUGGUGAAUUGGGUCAGCUCCAACACCUCGAUUUGUCCUUCAAUUUUCUGACCGGAAUGCCACCGCAAGCCCUGUUCUCUCUGCCGAACAUCAGUUACUUGGAUCUGUCCUCGAACAUGUUCAGCGGUUCACUCCCGGGGAGUCUACAUUGCGGAAGUAAGUUGGGCUUCGUAGACAUAUCUAACAAUAAGUUCAUCGGCGAGCUUCCUUCAUGCCUGGGCACUACUUCGGCCAAGCCUGUGGUUAAGUUUAGUGGGAACUGUUUAUCCGUUGAUGUCAAACAUCAGCACCGCGAGUCUUACUGUAAGGCACCUGAUGCGAGGAGGAAGCAUUUUCUGGGAAGAGAAUUAGGAGUGUCGAUCGCCAUCAUCUGUGGCGCUACUCUCGUCAUUGUGCUUUUGGCGCUUGGGCUUGUUAUUUUCUGUAGGAAAGUUCGUUCUAGAGAAACAUUUGGGCAGCAUGAUUUGCCAAAGGUUGUCCAAGAAAAUGCUCCUACCGGGAUGUCUGCUGAAUUCCUGGCUAACGCCAGGUUCAUAUCUGAGACAGCGAAGAUAGGAACCCAAAGCGCACCUUCAUAUAGACUGUUUUCAUUAGAAGAGUUGAAGGACGCAACGAAUAAUUUUGCUCCUCCAAAUUUGAUGGGUGACGGCUCUACCGGAAAGCUUUACAGAGGAAGGCUCGAGAAUGGAGCCUAUGUUGCCAUUAGAUCCAUAGCCUCGCUGAAGAAGCAUUCAGUGCAGAAUCUCAGGGUUCGGCUCGACUUGCUUUCGAAGCUCCAUCAUCCACAUUUGGUCGGACUUUUGGGCCAUUGUGUUGAUGGCCGAGGACAAGAUGAGUCCAGUACUAAGGUCUUCCUCAUAUACGAAUAUGUUGUCAAUGGCAAUUACCGUACCCACUUAACAGAGAAUUCUCUGGAGAAGGUUCUCAAUUGGUCAGACAGAUUGGCCAUACUCAUUGGUGUUGCCAAGGCCGUGCAUUUUCUUCAUACCGGAAUCAUUCCCAGUUGCUUCAACAAUAGGUUGAAAACAAAUAAUAUAUUGCUUGACGAGCAUCAGAUUGCCAAACUAAGUGACUAUGGAAUGUCCAUCCUCACCGAUGAUUUCGAAAAGUCGGAUGCAAAGGGAGAAGGACUCAAAACAGGUCAGAAGACGAACAUCGAGGAUGACGUGUACAAUUUCGGAUUCAUAUUACUCGAGUCACUUGUUGGGACCAUAGUUUCCGGCAAAGGAGAGGCGUUUCUGCUGAAUGAAAUGGCAUCUUUCGGUAGUCAGGACGGACGGAGACGGAUCGUGGAUCCAAUCGUCUUAACGACGUGCUCCCAAGAGUCGUUGUCCAUCGUGGUAGCCAUCACGAACAAAUGCAUAUCUCCGGACCUGUCAGCUCGUCCCUCCUUCGAGGACGUCCUCUGGAACUUACAGUAUGCGGCCCAAGUCCAGGCGGCCUACGACACCGACCAAAAAUCCGACACCAACUCUCAGUCUUGAGGAAGGGCUCGCAUCUUCAGGGACCGAGCUCUCCCAUAAGUGUGGGCACUUACGCAGGUGUAAAUCGGUUCUUCUUUCGAUUUCUCAAUACUGGCAAGAGCGCAGAGCAGACAGACAGCAUGUUUGCCCAACUCGAAUCUGGAAUCUGCCGGCCAUACGGUGUCGCUCGGGUAAAUUAUGGCAGGCGAGCCGCUCGGCAUACGUUUUAAGGUCAGCCCGUGAUGCUCAGCCGGAUCAAUUCUCAUCUGGGUGGUACGAUGUUGGUGGAAGUGCUGUUAACCUGGAAAAAAUGGCUGUAAUGUACAGGAGCAUUCAUCAACUCUCACAAAGUAUCAAGAUUUCUUUAAUUUUGGGCCCCUCCUCGGCUCAGGUGGUCCGCUCAUGGCCACUCCCCUGAAAAAUAAGAAUGGUUCCAAGCGUUUGAUGGAUUCCCCCAUCGUCCAUGGCUGGCCGUGAGCUGUUCCACAAGCCGAAGUCAACAUCACCCACGAGCCAAUUUGUCUUUCUCAUUACUCUCAUCUCCUUUUGCAAUUCCUGGAUCCGCUCUUGUAAUUCCCCGCUCGCCGGAAAACAUUGUUACUCUUCCUCAAGAGG